ACACUUCUUUGGGCCUCAUAAACAACCACAGAACCACAAGUUGGGUACAGAGGCAGUCACACAAGAGCGGGUCCGGGAUAUUGGUCAGCAGGCAGGGCGAAUCAUUUUGACUGCAAACCACAAGAGUUUCAUAGAGUGGUAAAAGAAGUAACAUAUCAUCUCCUUUUAAAAAAGAAAAUAAGUUUUUAAAAGAGGAAACCAUGACUUCAAACAGCUUCUUUGAGUCAUUUCCUUCUUACCAGCAGUGCUUCGUGCGAGAUACCAGCACGAGCCGCCGCUUCACGCCGCCCUCGACCGCGCUGAGCCCGGGCAAGAUGAGCGACGCGCUGCCGCUGGUUGGCCACGAGAACGGCGGCGGCGGCGCCCUGGCGGGCAAGAUGAGAACCGCGGACCGCAGCAUGGUGGAGGUCCUGGCCGAUCACGCCGGCGAGCUGGUGCGCACCGACAGCCCCAACUUCCUCUGCUCCGUCCUUCCGACCCACUGGAGGUGCAACAAGACGCUACCCAUCGCCUUCAAGGUGGUGGCCUUAGGAGAUGUCCCUGAUGGGACUCUGGUCACAGUGAUGGCCGGAAAUGAUGAAAACUACUCUGCAGAACUCAGAAACGCUACUGCUGCCAUGAAGAAUCAAGUAGCAAGAUUUAAUGAUCUGAGAUUUGUGGGUAGAAGUGGAAGAGGGAAGAGCUUCACUUUGACCAUCACAGUCUUCACAAAUCCUCCACAAGUAGCCACGUACCACAGAGCCAUCAAGAUCACAGUGGACGGGCCUCGAGAACCAAGAAGACACCGUCAGAAACUAGACGAGCAGACAAAGCCUGGGAGUUUGUCCUUUUCAGAGCGUCUGAGCGAAUUGGAGCAGUUGCGUCGCACAGCCAUAAGGGUCAGCCCACACCACCCAGCCCCCACUCCUAACCCAAGAGCUUCCUUGAACCACACCACUGCUUUUAACCCUCAGCCUCAGAGCCAGAUUCAGGACACAAGGCAACUUCAGCCAUCUCCUCCGUGGCCUUACGAUCCAUCCUAUCAGUAUCUGGGAUCAAUUGCGACUCCCUCGGUUCAUCCAGCAACCCCAAUUUCACCUGGAAGGGCGAGUGGAAUGACAUCUCUCUCUGCAGAACUCUCAAGCCGACUGACAAGUGCUACUGACCUAACAGCAUUCAGUGAUCCAAGAGUGGGAAUUGACCGUCCUUUCCCUGCGAUUCCUUCCAUUUCUGAUCCUCGCAUGCACUAUCCUGGAGCGUUCACCUAUACUCCCACACCUGUGAGCUCAGGAAUAGGAAUCGGUAUGUCUGCCAUGACCACUGCCACAAGAUACCACACUUACCUGCCCCCUCCCUACCCAGGUUCUUCUCAGGCUCAAGGCAGCCCAUUUCAGACCAGCUCCCCUUCUUAUCAUCUCUACUAUGGAACGUCAGCAGGGUCAUACCACCAGUUCUCUGUGAUGUCUGGAGGAGAUCGGUCGCCUCCACGCAUCCUUCCUCCUUGCACUAAUGCUUCCACAGGAUCUACUCUCCUCAAUCCCAACCUUCCAAACCAAAACGAUGUUGUGGACACAGAAGGCAGCCAUAGCAACUCCCCUACCAACAUGGCAACCACAGCAAGGCUAGAAGAAGCAGUAUGGCGGCCGUAUUGAAUCAUUAGCACAGCUGUUUUGUCUGCCAAAUGGCCGAGGACUCUGCCAGGUUUAUAUAUCAUUACAGAGAAGCAAUCCAUCCAGAAGUCAGUAUUUCCAGGAAUGGUUUCACGGUGUUUUCCAAUUGACAUUGGUCACUGAAGUGACAGUAUUCCAGAAAAGUACACUCGUCCAAGGGCUGAACUUCUGAAGAUGAGAACAUGUUAAGACGAUGGUACCUGCUCACUCACUUUUUCUAGAGAUUUGGGGAAGGAUAGAUACUCGGUAUGUUUCCAGAGCUUCAAAAAUAGUUUUGGAGCUCCUCAAAGCUUUCAAAAGAGUGCUUUGUUUGACAUCUGAUUUGGAGGCUUAAAGCCUAACGCAAUCUUAAUGAGUUUAAUCAAUCAUUUUGUCAUGCUAGUUAAAAGGAAGUAUAGGAAGAUUCUCAGAGAGAAACUGUGAAUGCUUCUGAUUUAGCAAUGCUGUGAAUAAGAGUUUUUAUAUCCUGGAAUUAAUUUUUUUAACCAAGUUGUAUAUUCCAAAGAGUAUGGGAAUUAUGUUUAUUUUAAUUUUAAUUUUAAGAUGCAACUCGUCCUUUGCAUAUCAUUUUUUUAUUUCCUUUUUUGGCACCUUAGAAAUUUGUAAAAAGAUUUAAUCUUUUUAAAAAUGUGCUUGCUUUUCUCAUGCAUUGUCAACUGAAGGCAUGAAAAAGGCCUUUCCAGGGAGAUGAUUUAAUUAUUCCUUUAAUAUAAAAGAGUGACAGCCUUGGGUCCUUUUCAACUACUGAAAACGUAUAUGAUGAGUUACUCGAUAUUUAUGCUCUCAGCAUUGAUUUUUUGUGUGUGAUACCUUUAUUAUUUAAAUAUGCUUAAAAGAUAAGCACAUGCAUUUUGUAGCAACCAAAGUUUUAAAAUAUCACAUAUAAAAUGGCUGGAAUAAUUAUGGGUAAUGUGACUUUUAAUUAUUUAGAAGUAUUGUUUACAUUUUGCUCCAUUUCACUUUCAUCAGGCAUUUAAUACCCAAUGAAGUCAUUUUUGUUGUCCAGCUGAGAACCCAGAAUUAUUUUAAACAUUACUUUGAUAUAAGUAGUAUCAAGAGUGUCUCCCUUCUUAAAAAAAAAGGAAGAACUUUGCAUCACAUUUUGCCACAAUACUCUGAUCAUUUUAACACAAGUUUCAGAAUAUGAGGACGACACUGGAGGCAGGAACUGGUCUCAGAAAGAGCAUGUGGAGAAUCCAGGACAGCUGCGUUAUACUCCAUGUUGUGCUGAACUGAUAUCUAAAGGCAACAGAAGUGAAAAGUAAAAUCAAACACAGCUAGAUAGACAUAGCAAAGUACUUCAUGCUGAUAAAUUAUGGGCAAAAUCUGACAAGCUCCUGUACAUUCUACUUUGAUCUGUUGGGAAUUGCAAGAGCUUGUUUCAAGCUGUGGUCCUAAGCACAAUCAUCUGGACUAGAUACACAGACACACAUCUCUUUAGUACAAAUUCGACAGCCAAAGGCAGCCUUAGGAGGUUGCACAUUUGAGGAAAGGAAUGGCUUGAGGGACUGGUAGCCCUUGUCUUCUAGCCAUCUCCCUACUCACCCAUCCCAAAUUAAUUUUUCAUCCUGUAGGAGGAAAUAUAUGGCUAUCCAUAUCUUUUCUGCUGUAACUGGAAAAGCAACUUCCAAGUGGAAGAAAUGGGGGCAGGAUAAUGGUUACACCAAACACCAUUGAUUUGUUCAAACUUGCCGCCUCAAGGUUGGCUUUUGGUUAAAAAUUAUUGUCACUGGACAGCUCAUCACAUCCAGUUUGGGCCUCAGUUCUUGACAAAUGAAUUUAGAAUCUGGAACAGACUGGCAUAUGCAGUAUCUUGCAAAGCCAAGCCCAUAGUCAGGAAAGGAAAUUUAAAUCAGUACAAUUCAAACCUGGUACAUGGGAUGUAGCCAAUUUGUACUUUCUUCCCCACCCCCAGGAAUAACUCAUAUGGAACAUUCACUGUUGUCUAACACACCUCAAACAUAUCGGACAUCACUGUAAAUUAUAAGGCACUAUUUUAUGUGAGGGUUUGGUCUAAUGCAAUUGUAUAUGUCUUUAAUUGUACAUUAAAUGAAUACUGCUGAACUCAGCAGAUUCAGAAUUACCUUCCGAUUAAGUAAUGGACCUUUAAAAAUUGGUGGAACAAUUGCAGAUCAACUCUUCUGAGUAUUUGAAAGCAGGCCUUUAAAUCAGUGUUGGGUGUUUAACAAAAUUAAUAAAGGAUUCGGUUUAGAAAGAUCCUCGGCUGCAGGCAGCAAAACAGCUGGACUUAUUUAAAAUAUUUGUUUCUUUUAUAUAUAUAUAUAUUAUAUAUUUGUAGAUUUCGCUUUUGCAUUAUUUGUGUGUCUGAUGCAGUAGCACUUUGAGAUAAAAUGUUACAGAGUGAAACAGCUGAUGCUAUCAACAAGGUCAACUUACUGCAGAAAUUUAUUUCAGCUGAUCUCAGCCAAAGCUCAAAAGAUCAUACAGUGUCAUUUCUCUCCCCCCCCUCCCCACUCUCAGAUUUGUAUUUUGCAGUUGCGUGUUUUGCCAUUUUUCAGAUGUGUGUUUUACAAUUUGCGUUUCUUUUUUUUAAGGAAAUGGAAGAGCCAAUACAUUUCUGUGCUUCUGAAAUGGAAAAAAAGUAUUUCAAAAUAGUUAAUUGUACAAAAACUGUUACAAUUACCUUGAUUUUUCAUGCAUUGAUUUCUUACGUCCUUAGUGAAAUUUAAACCUGUCUUUCAUGGUAACUGUUCCACAUGAUUCAACUUAAAAUACAAGUUUUUAUAUAGCACUUUAUGCUAUAUAAGUGCUUAAAAUGUGGAUCAUCUGUUUAGAUAAAAAUGCCAGUCAUUUAUUAUAGAUAUCAGCAACUAAGGCCACUAUAUACUCUCUAUGAUUUAUGCCUAAACAAAUGUAUGCCAUUUUAUCCAGUAUUAGAAUAAUUCAUUGUCUCGACUACACCUGCACUGUUGAUUGACAGCCCACUCCUUUGCAGGUUUAUUCAGAAGUAAGUGCCAGUGUGUUCAGCAGUGGUCAUUCCUAGGUAUUGGUGCAUAAAAUUGCAGCCUGGUUUUACCAACUUCUGCCACAAAUGGGCUGAGAUGGAAUCAGGCCAGCAUGGAGUGAGGCAUUGCUAGGGAAAAGACCAAAAUCAUUCUGAGGAUAGCUACAGUUUUUGAAGCCCUACAGAUGCCAGGGGUCAGAGAGCCACAGCUCAGCACUUCAUAAAGAGAAGUGUCGACAAUCCAGAGGAACUUGGGCAACUGUUUAUAUGAGCUCAGGCUGUUUGUCCACCUUGCCAGCAGCAUCUAAUCCGAGUGGCAGCAACUCUCCAGGGUCUUUGGUGCAGAGAGGUCUGUGCCUUCUCCCUUCACCUGCUACCUCCCUUCAUCUGGGAAACAGCCGUGGUUCAUUGGUAGAUCAUCUGCUUUGCAUGCAGAAUGUUCAAUCUCCAGGCAGGGCUGGCUGGCCGAAAGCCAGAAGAGACACCGCUUUUCAGUGUAAACAUGGACCAGGGUUUGACUUGGUAUAAGGUGGUGUCCUAUGUUCUUAUGCACCUGCUCUUAACAGGACAUGGCAGGAGUUAUACCUAGAAGGAGCUUUUCCAUGUAAAGCAUGUGUUCUCGCAUUAAACUACCAAUCAUUUUCUGUCAGACUACCCACUUUCCAAAUGUUUUUCUUUCUCAUAGCUGAAUUGUCUGCAGAUUUAGAAUCCUAAAUACGGCUAGAUUUAGGUUUAAGAGACUUGGACUUUAAAAUCUCUUUGAUUUUUCUUGUUGUUAAAUAUCCCCUUGGUGAUUUAAUUUUGAUCAGGGCUCUUGAUGUCUGAGACCUUACCUGCACAUCUUUCUGGGGUUGUACCAUUUCAGAAUGUGACAUCUUCUGAAUUGAUGCCAUCCCAUGAACAUGUAGGUCAAAUCUAUAUCAUUUUAUAUUGGGCUUGCCUAAGGAAGGAUAAGAGUAGUUACUAGGGGAGGUAGUAAGCUCAGUUUUUCUGCAUGCCUCUUGGAGUGUAUUGAAAUGUGAAACUCCAGAUUUUUCAUAGGAUUUUCCCUUCUGUUAAAUUCCUGCUUCUUGGACCUCAGGCUCAUACAUGAGCUGAUUUUAGAGUGGUCAAAUGCAAAAGAGAACAGGGCUCCUGGACCUUUAAUGCCUGUGCAGAAGAGGGAACUUCACAUGUGUGGGAAAUGUCAUUGCUCCAGAUGUUGCUGAACUGCAACUCCCACCAGCCCCAUCAAGCAUGGGCAAUGGCCAGAGACGAUGGUAACUGUGGAUCAACAACAUCUGGAGGGCCAAAGGUGAGCUACAACUGCAUAAUUCCCUCUCCUACACAGCUGUUAAAUGUGCAGGUGCCCUGUUUUCUUUUGCAUCUGAGUCACCUGCCUUAAGGCAGUGCAAGACAGGAGUGCCUGGCGUGCUAUGGUCCAUGGGGUCACGAAGAGUCGGACACGACUAAACGACUAAACAACAACACCUGCCUUAACAGUAUUUGGGAAGGCUCAAAGUACAUCUCGUUUUAUAGGAUGCAUUUCCUAGGGCCGCAUUUCAAAAAGCAUUCCAAACUGGCCACUGCCAGAGACAGAUUGUAAGGAUUAAGUCCACCUAGCUCCACAGAAUAACCUGCAUGGUCAACUGCUCACAUACUUAAAACACAUGGAGAAGGGUUUUGGUUUUCUAAAAACUGGAAAUGGGGCCAGGAAGCUGAUGGUCUAUUAAGAGCUGAAAGUGAACUGGAUCACUACUUUGCAGCAUGUGAAAACACAUUUUCUAUCUUCAUGUAGAUCAAAUUUAACUAAAUAUUAGAAUUCCUGAAAGAAAAGUUCCCUAUUUAAAGAAUUUAUUUUUUUUAAUGUUGCUCUCCAAGAGAGAUGUCCGGGUAUUCCCUUUUGUAAAAUAUAAAUGUGUUUGAAAAUAUUAUAAUGACCAGAUAAUGGCGAAUAAUUAGGAAUUCAUUUUUAUUUAAAUGCAUUGCACAAUCCAGACACACCCAUGAAGCUGAAUCAGUAGGUGUUAAAGCAUUUUAAAUCAGUUUUUGCUUCAGCUGAGAUUAACUGGCAUUACCAUUCCUCUUUAUUGCAGCUACUUUUGGCUUUACCAGCAGAGAUCCUAAACAUACUUGUUAGGAAAACAAAUCCCACUAUUUUCAGUGGGACUUAAUUUUUGCCCUGGAAGUAACUUUUCUCCACAUUUUAACGCAGUUGUGCAACUAGAUCUUAUUUAUUCCCGUGUACUUAGAUUUUUAUAAACUGGUUAAACUUAUCUUCCACAGAUGUCCCACAAUAAAAAAAUAACAGGUAUUUAUAAUAUUUGUUAUAUUUGUUACUUUUCCCCAGAUGACACUCAUUCAUUGCUCAACAAAAUUUUGUUUAUAACAUUUUAUUUUAUAAGGCUUGUUGUGCCUUGCAACC